ACUAUUAUCUCUGAAUGUGAGCAGAAGCGUUGGCUGUAAAGUGGAGGGAUAGUGUCGUAAUGUGUGUUGAAAAUUUGUAAAUAUGUGAACAAGUAAUUGUUGCGUUGCGAUUACGUUUGAAGUAAUUGUUUACAUUUUUUGUACAGCGGGCUAGUAAUUAGUGUGUGAAGUGCAAGUGAUUUUGGUUUACGAUACAUUGCUGAAUGUGUGCAGAGUAAAAGCCGGCUAGAAAACUGCGUGAUCCCUCAGUUCCCUUCAUGCACAUGAUUCGGAGAUAAAUUCGGUCGAGUCAUUGUUCUGCAGGUACGUGAAUUAGACACCAUACCUGUUUGAAGAAAUAAGACACAAUGAAGCAGAAAACCAAAUUAGUGUUACAAGGUCUCUGUCCAGUACUAAAUGUGUUAGACUUCUCUUGGAGAACAGCAGCUUCUUAAUACUUGAUGUAUUCACAUUUAAAGAUGCCUGGAAAAAAAUAAAAAGCAAGCUUGUGUAGCUGAGACAUCUGUCUGGAACAAGAAACAUAAUGCUUCGAAAUUUAGCAUCUGCGUGUAACCAGAAAGCGUACAUUCUUAAAAGAGUUGUUAUUGCAGUGGUGCUGAUUUUCUGUGUUAUAUAUUCGCUUCAUCCAGGACGCUUUGCUUGUUAUUAUUCAUAUAUUAAUGAUGAUGAAAUUGUCAGUUCUCUGGGAAUCUCACCUGCUGCAGUCAAGAUGGCGGAAGAUUAUGGCAUGCCACUUUGUUCUGUAACCUUCAAUAGUUCAGUUACUGAAGUGCAUUACCCUACACAAAAUACUGACCUAAAUGAUGGCACAGUAUUUGCCAAAACACUAAAUAUAACUGAUGGAGGUGAAUGGAAACCACAGAAAUGUGUUUCAAAAUUCAGUGUUGCUGUUGUUGUUCCAUACCGCAACCGUAGUAGCCAGCUACAAAUUUUUCUGAAAUACAUGCAUCCAUUUCUUCAGAACCAGUUGUUGAGCUACCAGAUAUUUGUUGUGGAACAGGCACUGGAUGGAGCAUUUAACAGAGCAAAGUUGCUCAACGUAGGCUUUGUGGAAGCUAUGAAGAUACGGCCUUUUCAUUGCUUUAUUUUCCAUGACGUGGACUUGAUUCCUCAGAAGGACAACAACAUAUAUGCAUGCACUUCUCAGCCACGACACAUGUCAUCAUGCGUGAAUACUUUCCGUUACCAUUUGCCAUAUGAGGAACUAUUUGGUGGAGCUGUUGCAAUACUUCAGAAUCAGUUUGAGUUAGUGAAUGGAUUUUCCAACAACUUUUAUGGCUGGGGUGGUGAAGAUGAUGAUUUCCACAGGCGCAUUACACAUAAGGGUUUGAAAGUAUUACGCUUUUCUCCAAAUGUUGCACAGUAUUUUAUGUUACCACAUGCAAAAGAGCCACCAAGUGAAAGUAGAUUCCUAAAUCUAAAAUUAGGAAGUGAGCGUUUCGAAACUGAUGGUUUAAAUGCUUUGAAAUACACUUUGCUCAAACGUAUAUAUCUCCCUUUAUACACUUGGAUAUUAGUAGAAGUGUAAUCUGAUGUAUUCUCAUGCUAUUUGAUGUCUGUAUGUACCUGAAACAUAAUUUUUUUGUAUUUUCACAAGACUGUUAAUGUAGUAAAUUGUAAAUGUGUUAUUUAUUUAUUUUAUUGUUUUGCUGUGUCCUUGUAAAUUCUGUAUUGUAUUUUCUGUAGUAGAUAGAUAAUUGUGAAUUCCUUUUAUAUUUUUGACCAAAG